UAGAAAAAAAAAGAAAAAAAGAAAAAGCUGAACCGUCAAAACAUAAACAGAGCAGGCAAUCUUAUGUGAACGCAGCUAGCUCGCAAUAUAGUCUGACUUUUCAAAAAAGCUUUAUGCACGCAUUCCUCAUGUCGUGUGUUUUUCGUCAUAGAGUUCCUAGUCAAGGCACUUAGCUCAUUUGCUGAGUAGCGAGGUGGAGCAAAUAAAUCUGCAAUAAAGAUUAAGACUAAACUAAGAAGUACGCCUCGUCGGGCCUUCGACUACAGGUUGUACCUCGGGUCGACGCAGGACUUCACAGAUACAAUGGCUGAGGCUGACGGCAAAUCCACGGUGCUUAACGGUGGCUCUGAAGAAAAGGAGCCUGGAGAAGACCGAAGCAAAGAGGGGCAAACACAGUCUUCCUCUCUAAAUGCUCCCAAAGAAACAGCUGAAGCAUCUGGAGACAAAUCUAUGCCAGAUGUAGAAGGAGAGACGGGCACAACCAGGGAGGGAGAAGAGGAUGAAGAUACAGACAGCAUGGACGGCAGCGGCCUCUACUCUUUAACUGAGGAUGGUGAAAGGGAGAGCGAGGGAGGAAGGCGAGAGAAGGCCAAAGAAAAAGAUGGUGGGAAAAGGGCAGCUAGAAAGAGAAACAGACCUGGCGGCGGCACUAACCACUCCUCAAGUUCAGAUGAUGAUGACGACGACGAUGAUGAUGAUGAAGAAGAACAGAAAGAUGAUGAUGACGACGACGAUGAUGAUGAAGCUAUGGAGGCAUGGCUCGGGGCAGAGCUCCGUGACAUGCGUGGUCCUGUGUGGCGUGCAGUACCCUCGCUGCGCUCCAGAGAGAUCGGCAGGGACUCACACCAGUUUGUGAGGCGUGUGUGUGGGGCUCGUGGCCUCGUGCAAAGGCUGGAGCUCCAAGGCCGAUUAGAGAGGCAUACAGGUUGUGUCAACACAUUGCAUUUCAAUCCAUCAGGCACACGCCUGGCAUCAGGCAGCGAUGACCUGCGCGUGGUGAUCUGGGACUGGGCCAUCCGUCGUGCUGAACUGGAGUUUGACAGUGGACACAAGAGCAAUGUCUUUCAGGCAAAGUUCCUGCCUCACAGUGGGGACUCCACCUUGGCCAUGUGUGCUCGUGAUGGUCAGAUCAGAGUGGCUGAGCUUUCUGCCACACAGCGCUGCAAGAACACGAAACGGGUUGCACAGCAUAAAGGCGCUGCACACAAGCUGGCCCUUGAGCCAGAUUCACCUUGCUCCUUUCUGUCAGCUGGAGAGGAUGCUGUUGUAUUUGGUAUUGACUUGCGUCUAGACCGCCCUGCCAAUAAACUGGUGGUUGUAAAGGAGGGUGAUAAAAAAGUGGGGCUGUACACCAUCUUUGUGAACCCAGCAAAGACACACCACUUUGCUGUUGGCGGGAGAGAUCAGUAUGUGAGGAUCUAUGACCAGAGGAAGAUUAAUGAAAAUGAUAACAAUGGUGUACUGAAAAAGUUUUGUCCCUCACAUCUGGUAUCCAGUGAGUCUAAAACCAACAUAACCUGCCUUGUGUACAGUCACGAUGGCACAGAGCUCCUGGCUAGUUACAAUGAUGAAGACAUCUACUUGUUUGACUCCGACCACAGUGAUGGGGCAGACUAUCUCAGGAGAUAUAAGGGUCACCGCAAUAAUGCCACAGUGAAGGGGGUGAAUUUCUAUGGGCCAUGCAGUGAGUUUGUGGUCAGUGGCAGCGACUGUGGGCACAUCUAUCUAUGGGACAAAUACUCUGCUCGUAUUGUCCAGUUUAUGGAGGGAGACCGAGGAGGAGUGGUGAACUGUUUGGAGCCACAUCCACAUCUGCCAGGUAUGGCUACCAGUGGGCUGGAUCAUGACAUCAAACUGUGGGCCCCCACAGCUGAAACCCCCACAGGACUCAAGGGUCUCAAAGAGGUAAUGAAGAAAAACAAACGGGAGCGUGACGAGGACAGUGUGCGCCACGGCGAUCAGUACGACACCCAGCUGUUGUGGUUCCUGAUGAGACACAUGAGAAACAGGAGACCUGCAAGGGCCCGCCGUGAGGGUGCAGAUGCAGACACAGAUGAUUCUUGGAGUUCUCCAGAUUCCUCAGAUGAAGAGGACGGAGGUCCAGAUCACGUCCAGUGCAUGUCAUCAUGAGCCACACACAUACAUAAACACACACACACACACAUACAUUAACACACACACAUACAUAAACACACUUUAUUGCCCUUGAAUUGAUGCACAUAGGCAAGCACUAUUGACACACUGGCACAUUCAAACACUGACGAGCCACAGACUUUUUUAACACACAAACACAGAUAAACACACAUUUACUUAAACAUACUGUUGAAGCAGAGUGAUAGUGACAGAGAUGCUUAGCGCCAGGUUUAUCAGCAGUUACGAGUGUGCAUAUGGCAACUACAGACACACUUCCAGAAUCCCUUUCUAGUUUUGUUUUUUUGAGACUUUUUCAAAGAGGUGAGGUUAGUAACUGCUUUUACACCCCUAUGAACCAUUUGGAGGUCCUUGGCUGUCCAUACAUCAAUUAAAUGCUCUGUCUAGGCCCAGAAUGAUGUACUGUGUGUAUAUGGCAACAUAUACAUCCAGCUUUAGGCAACCUGUAGUAAGCUAUACAUCACCAGCACACAAUCCCCUUUCUCUUAGUAACACACCUCUUGCUUUUGACCUUUCUGUGUUGAGGAGGGGUUUAUACACUCAAGCCAUCCCCUAAAUGUGACUUCCUUUAAGAUUUGAACUUUGAGGGAGAGCCCAGCGGCCCCCGCUCCCAGUAUCAUACUGAUUCUUAGGCUGUUAGCUCAAACAGCUGAUUGCAUCUAUCACUUGUUUGCUCCCAGAGAAGUACUAACUCUCUUCGUGCUGCAUUAUCCUACAUGCUGCCCUCAGCCACUCCCUCCUCUCCUCCUUCCAUCAUCUGCCCCCAUCACUACUGAGUGCACUUUGAAUCAGGGAUGCUUUAGUUUGAGACACAGACAAAAUGUGCACUGAGUGUGUGAUAGGAAAAUCCAGUUUAGGUUUUUUUUUUUUUAUGUUUUGUUUUUUUUCUGAGACGGGGGUGUUUUGCACUUAAGUGUUUCAUGACUUGAGAAGAGGUGGUUUCCUUUGUUUUGACCACCCUUUCCUCACCUCUUUCUUCCUCUUCCUCCCUCAGUCUCUAUUUAGUUCGCCUCUCAGUGAUCACAGAAAUUGAGAGGUAGAAGGUGUUCAGCAUAUGUGUAGGAAUUAAGGACUGAUUUGGGGCUCUGUUGGGGAAUUUGUCAUUUUAAAGAGCCAGAAACGACCUGGAUUAAUUGCAGUUGAAACACUGCCUAAGAGCCAAUAGAGAUGGGAGUGAUAAAGGGCUGCAGAUGUUUAUGUGGUUCCUUAAAGAAAUUUGGACAUUAACUUUCAGUUUCUUGCCAUGAAUCUUGAACAAGGGAGAAAUGGCUAGCCUGGUUCAGUCCACAUAGCAGCACAUUUGAAUCUCUCCACUUAUCACAUUUUAUGUUGUUUGUUUAAGCUGUAUGACAAUCUUAAUUGUCACUGAGGAUGGUGGAGAGUAACCAGAAAGGAAGUUUGCUAGGCUUUGAGAUUUGGCUUAAAGAAUUGACAUACAGUGUUAUAACUUAGUGCUUAUUAGUUGGUUUGGUUAUCUCUGGACAGACCCAGCCUAGCCACAUCCCUGGGUUGCAUCCCCUUUGUAUAAAACAAUGCUAAGUACCUGAUGGUGUUAGCUUCACAUUUAGUAUAUUUAAUAAGCCUGACCAAUGUAUCAUCUAGCUUAUGGCAAGAACAACAAAAGAAAAGGUUUAAAAAUGAAUUCCACCUGAGCCAGGUCGGGUGUUAGCAGCCAGCACAUCACUCCUGUCUCUGUGCUGUGUUGACAGCAGCUCAAAGAUGAGGAUGGGGGGGAGGAGCAGAGUCAAUAUGCUUGCCAGUCAUUUGUUGUGUGAGAGCGAUAAAAGUCCAGCUUUUCUCAUUUUCUAUGAGAACUGUAGUUAGUUGAAUUUAUAUGUAUAUAUAUAAAUAUAUAAUAAAACUGUAAAAAAAAAAAGAA